AAGAAGGCGGCUGUGGUGGCGGCGGUGGCAGCUGAGGCAGUAGCUGAGGCGGCGACAGAGGGAGCAGAAGAUGGCAGAUUUUUUGAAAGGACUGCCAGUCUACAACAAAAGCAAUUUUAGUCGAUUUCAUGCUGACUCUGUGUGUAAAGCCUCGAAUCGACGCCCCUCAGUCUACCUGCCCACGAGGGAGUACCCAUCCGAACAGAUCAUUGUGACAGAAAAAACAAAUAUCCUUUUGCGCUACCUACAUCAGCAAUGGGACAAAAAGAACGCUGCCAAGAAGAGAGACCAGGAGCAAGUAGACCUCGAGGGUGAGAGCUCAGCGCCUCCCCGCAAGGUGGCACGGACCGACAGCCCAGACAUGCACGAGGACACUUAAGACUCAUGCUCCCCUAUAGGUGCCUCCUGUCUUUGUCUGCUCCUCACCCGCCUGCUGUGUGUAA